AUGGCGUCAAGUUUGUUGAGAGUAGCCUUACUACUGUUCACAUUUUUGUUUAGGAAUUCCGUGGGUCAAAUUGUUUGUCCCAAGGAGGCAAUUCCUCUCUCAGGCGGCGGGAAAAUAAGCAGCACAAACUACCCAAAGAGUAACUACACUGCGUCCAGAAAUUGUACCUGGAACAUUACCGCGCCAGCUGACAAAAUUGUAAAGUUUACUUUUAUUGAUUUUGUCUUAAGUGAGUGUUCAGCCAAUCAUUGUUCGGAUUCUUGUUCUUAUGUGGAGCUUUAUGAUGGUGGGUCGACAAGUUCGCCUUUGCUGGGGCGAUUUUGCCAGGGGUCGUCUUGGAAUGAGUCUCAGUUGUCGAGUGGAAACCAAAUGUUUGUGAUGUUCCACCCUGGACAAACGGUUGAUCGUGGAUUUGAAGCAAAAUAUGAAUCCACAACGACCGGUGGCUUGUCCUUCUUUGAGCAAGAUUGUCUGGACACGCACAAUAAUUUUCGAUUAUUGCAUGCAGCCGUUGGGCCUUUAACUUGGAAUACAGAACUUGCUGAAGGGGCACGGAACUGGUCCCAGUUUCUUUUACAGAACCGAUCUCUACUUCAUGAGGUCGACGUCUUAGACAGCAAAAAUCUUGGAGAAAACCUUGGCUUCGUUUUCACCGCCCCGUCACAACCCAUUUGUAGCAAUUCAAGGCAAACAUCCUGUGUCCUCUGCAGUCAGAUUGUGACAGAAUGGUAUAAUGAGAUUACAAACUACAAUUUCGACACGGGCGCGCCCAUCAACUCAUCUGAACCGUGGCUGCAUUUUACACAGCUGAUUUGGAGAAGUACAUCUGAGCUGGGUAUGGCGGUGGCUUCCGGCGAUGGAUACCAUUAUUUUGUAGCUCGGUAUAGCCCACGAGGAAAUACAAGAGGGAGAUUUACUAGAAAUGUGCCACGCCUGAGGCCGACAGAGCCACCGACUACAACAGCACUUCCAUCUACAACCACUGGCAAUCCAAAUUCAACUUCAGUACCAUUACCAACAACACCAGCCUGUAGUUUACCAAACCGCAGGACACCCAACCAGGAGGAGAUCAACAAUACUAUUUCCAUAGUCAUUUUGAAUGUUACUCUUCAAGAGUGGUGCCGAAGAGAAGAUGAAUUUAGACUACUACUUGCCAAUUUUGUCACUGACUUUUGCAAUGCUCAGAUGGGAAUAUGUGCCAACCGUUCUUUACCGUCUGACGUGGAUCUCAUAAACAUACUUCCUGGAUUUCCCGUUGUAAACAGCCCCCUAGAGCUAAGAUUUUACGUACGUCUGAAGGCUGGUGUAAAUCAGCACGUUACGAUAGACAGAGAAGUCCUUUACGCGAUAUUCGAAAAUUUUGCUCAAAACAUAAGCGAAGUUCUGGGAGUAGAAUUUACAGCCGAUGGAAACUUUACAAACUGGGGUCCUUGGGGUCAAUGCAGCACGUCUUGUGGGCCUGGAACUCAGAUACGAUUCAGGAACUGCACAAAUCCACCACCGAUCAACAAUGGCCAAGAUUGCGAGGGACCUAGGAACGAGACACGGCCAUGCAACUUGACAUCUUGCCCAGUCAAUGGUAACUUCAGUGAGUGGGAGAAUUGGAGUGCGUGUUCUUUAACGUGCGGUCGAGGAGUACAGAUACGUUACAGAAGCUGUACCGAUCCUCCUCCGUCUCAUGGUGGCCGAGACUGCAUUGGGUCCAGAAUGGAGACCAGGGAAUGUGAACUAACAUUUUGUGUGGUUGACGGAAACUUUACGGAGUGGUCACCUUGGACUUCCUGCAGCCUGACUUGUGGAAAUGGAACCCAGAGUCGUUACAGAAACUGUACCAAUCCUCCUCCACAAAACGGAGGAAGAGACUGCGAAGGACCUCGGAACGAGACUCGAGAUUGCUUUGAUGGACCAUGUCCAGUUGAUGGAAAUUUCACCGAGUGGGGAGACUGGGGCAGAUGCAGUAAGACUUGCGGAAAUGGUACUCAGAUUCGCGUGCGGAACUGUACCAAUCCCUCACCGGCUUAUGGUGGACAAGAUUGCAUUGGGCCGAGAAAUGAAUCGAGAGAAUGCUACGAAGUACCAUGCCCAGUUGACGGAAAUUACACUGAAUGGACAAUAUGGGGACCCUGCAAUGAGACUUGCGGAAAUGGAUCUCAAACUCGGUACCGGUCCUGCAUCAAUCCGCCACCAUCCAAUGGGGGCCGUGACUGCGUGGGUCCGAGUAAUGAGACUAGAGACUGUUUCAUUGAGCCGUGUCCCCCUCGAUUGUAUCCGUAUGGAAGCCUCGUUGGUGACACAAAACUGCCGUCGUUUAAUCUGUUCAGAUCUUACUGCCAACAGGUUAACAUUCCUGGUCAGGGAUUGCCAUUCUUCGUCAAGCAGCACAACAAAGUUGCUAUUUGUCGAAAUGGAUUGUUACGCUUCAUUACCCGAACCGUGAUCAGCUGGCCCGAACGGUUUCCAGGAAUCCGAGCCUCUGGUUCUAACAGAUUUCAGCGGUAUUUUAUCUUAGCGCCAUUCUGGAGCUCUAUCAGUCACCAUCCUUUUCAAAUCUCCGAUACGAGCCAGGCGUCACAGUUAUUCUAUCAAAUCUACAGUAAGAACAUUUUGGGUGAUGUAUCAUCUAACCAUGCAAGAGAGAUCUUUGACCGAGUCAACAAAGACGUACAGAAAUAUCAAACAAGUCCCAGCAUUCCAAAUUUUAACGCGAGCUGGGUGUUGAAGGUGACCUGGGAACGACUGUAUCCCAGUACCUAUCCAACAGUUAACCUGACGAACACGUUCCAGCUCGUACUUGCCACUGAUGGGCAGCAUUCCUUCACUUUGUAUAAUUAUGCAGAAAAUGGAAUUCAGUGGGCAUCCUCCACAGGAAGCCGUUUCUUUUCCCAGAAUCAAAGUGGGCUUCCUGUGAUGGGAUAUAACGCAGGAGACCAAGGAAAUCUGCGCUUCUUCAAUAUACCUGGGUCAGGUACUGUGGAAGCUGACAUGGUAGAUGAGCGCCUUGGAAAUACAAACCAAAGGGGAGUAUGGUUUUUCCGUUUGGAUGUGAAUCCUGUCCUAGACUUGCCAGCCAAGAAAUGUUAUACAUGGAUCCAGCAGCAGGCGAAUAUCCAAGUGCCUGCGGUACGGCCAUGUCCAUGCACAUUGGACCAAGCUGUAGCAGAUAAAAACUUUUACGUGGAUUACAACCAAAAGAUCGCAGGUCGUAGCAACCUGACGACGUGUGCAUACUCGGUGCCUAGUCCAACAAGCCGCUGGGCACAACAGUGCUGCUACACGGAAAUCCCUGGAAGUGGAUACGUUCUUACCAUCGGGCCAACAGAGGGGGGCACUCCGUUUUUAAUUGGGAUACCCGGCCUUCCGAUCAUCACAGACUUAGAAGCGCACGGAUACUGCUGUGAUGCGUCCCUGUGCGCUCGAUACUAUGAGUUGCGACCCUCAGAUACUUGUUCCCGUUACAGCAGCAGGCGAGAAGCCCUUAUAUGGGGAGAUCCUCAUUUUGUCACUCUGGAUAACAAAAUCUACACAUUCAAUGGCCUUGGUGAGUAUACGAUGAUUACCAUUGACAACGUGGGAUUUGAGCUGCAGGCACGCACCAAGAAGACCAGCGGUAGGGGAUUGGGAACAGUGUUUUCAGCAGCAGCUGCUAAGGAAGCCAACACGGCUGUAGUAGAAGGGCGAAUAAAUAGCCAAGGUGACCUUGAGGUUUUCGCGGCAGGAAACCAGCAAAAUAUCCAAGCUAUUUCAGAGUUUGGAACGCUGAUUCAAGACUCAAAUAUUACGCUGAUCAGAGGGACUUCUGACUCAGUCUCAGCUGUCUUUCCAUCCGGGAUCUCAAUCACCUUCUCCCAGGUUUCGGACGCCUUAGCCACCACAUUCAAUGGGCCGGUCAGGUUUGUGAACCGCACUAAGGGACUCUUGGGGACGUGGAAUGAUGAUCCUUCAGAUGAUUUCACGACUCCUUACGGCACAGUGCUAUCAGCUGAUGCGACACCCCAACAAAUACACUACGACUUCGGGUUAAAAUGGCAAAUAAACGCCUCCCAAUCGCUGUUUUCAUACCAAGCUCACGAAAGCCCUGCGACCUUCAUAGAUCUCAGCUACGUGCCAAUGUUCAUUGACAACAUCACAUGGACAAAUGAUUCCUUCAGACGACAGGCAGAGAAUGUCUGUGGCAACAAUACCCUAUGUUUAUUUGAUGCAGCCGUGACUGUUAACUGUUCUUUUGGAAUGUCAACAAAAAAGCUGGAGGAAAAUAAUAUUCUAGUAAACAACAGGCUGGAAACUUUCCCACCACAAAUUGAAGGACCACAAGUUAUAAACGCUACUCUGAACGAAACAGUUGAGUUGAACAUCACAGCUCGCCACAACAUCAGCGACUCGUUUGUGUUUACCGUCAAAUUUUUCCCAGACAUGGAAGUCGUCUCGAAUACCUCGCUGGGUCUGGUCGUUCGAUGGCGGCCUACAUCCGUAAAGAAGGUAGAGCCUGUGUUUAUCGUUACUGACAGCAGUAACUCGUCAUCAGAGCUCCGCCCUCUGAUUCGACUUUGCCCGUGCCAAAAUGGCGGCAAUUGUGUGGAGGACGACGAUGUUCAGCGGCAGCUGGACAGCGGUGUAAGAUUCAUCGUUUUAUCAUGCGCCUGUCCCGCAGGACUCACAGGAAAGUUUUGUGAAAGUGAUGUUGACGCUUGCGUAGAGUUCAAUGAUCCCUGUUUUCCUGGAGUUGUCUGCACUAAUGUUCCGUUAUCUAUCGAUAAAAAUGGAUACACGUGUGGUCCAUGUCCAAGCGGUUACCAUGGUGAUGGAGCUUACUGCAUCGAUAAUGACGAGUGUGUGGAUCAAGUGAGCAGGUGCAGCCAAUCAUGCAUUAAUAUUCCGGGUUCAUAUGUGUGCAAAUGCUAUCCAGGAUAUACACUUGACAAAGACGGCGUUAGUUGUAAUGAUAUCAAUGAGUGCAUGGAAGCCAAUGACUGUAUGCAGCGAUGUACUAACUAUCCCGGUGGGCGGAACUGCUCUUGCUUCGAGGGAUUCCAGAUCGACCAGGCUGAUAAUACAGCGUGUAUACCAAUGGCAAGCUGUAAUGUUUCGAAAGCAGGCUGCCAGCAGGUUUGCGUGGAGGAACAAGGACAGCCAAAGUGUUCGUGUCACAAGGGUUAUCAACUCAAAGAAGACAAUCAAACAUGCACUGAUAUUGAUGAAUGUAGCACAAAUAGACACCGAUGUUCACAAAACUGUCACAACAAUGCGGGGAGUUACACUUGCUCCUGUGAUGCGGGCUACAACCUGGACUCAGACUAUAUGACGUGCAGUGGUAAAUAUCCUCUCUUUUAA